CUCUAAAUGUAUAUAUAACGCCUAAUCAGUUUGUGUUCAGCCUCUUCGAUUUUCACCGAGCCAAAGAGUUAACACGACUUGAAAAAGAGCUGAAGUGAACUCAAGAUGCUGCGACUCGCCAUUUGCAGUCUCCUCGCUGUGGGAGUUUUCUCCCUGCCUUCGAAAAUCAACCCUCUCCGUGAUUCGGAAUGGGGCGUAUUCAAAAAGACAUACAACAAGGUGUACGAACCAUUUGAAGAGCUGACCAGACGUGCAAUCUGGGAGAACCACCUGGAACUGAUCGAAGAGCACAAUGCUGAAUACAAGGAUGGAAAGCACACCUACACACUGGGCGUCAACAAAUAUGCUGACAUGACCAACCAAGAGUUCGUAAAGCUAAUGAACGGUUACAGGAUGGAAAUGAAAAAGCCCGCCGAGGAGAUCUUCAUGCCACCCAGCCACGUGACCGAUCUUCCCACCACCGUUGAUUGGCGCAACGAAGGAUACGUGACAGGCGUCAAAGAUCAGAAACAAUGCGGUUCCUGUUGGGCUUUCUCUACCACCGGAUCUCUGGAAGGUCAGCAUUUUAAGAGAAAUGGCACCCUCGUCUCUUUGUCAGAACAAAACCUGGUGGACUGCUCCAGAAAGGAAGGUAACAUGGGUUGUGACGGAGGUUUGAUGGACCAAGCCUUUGAGUACAUCAAGAAGAACAAAGGAAUUGACACCGAGAUAUCUUACCCAUACAAGGCUAAGGAUGGCAAAUGCAAGUUCAACAGAAUGAACGUUGGGGCCACCGACAUCGGCUUCGUUGAUAUCCAGAGAGACAGCGAGAAAGAUUUGCAGAUGGCUGUUGCUACUGUGGGUCCAAUCUCCGUGGCCAUUGACGCCAGCCACACCUCGUUCCAGCUGUACAAGGACGGCGUGUACAAUGAGCAGGAAUGCAGCUCUGUUGCGCUGGACCACGGUGUCUUGGCUGUUGGGUAUGGGAUUCACGAGGACAUGGAUUACUGGCUUGUCAAGAACAGCUGGGGUACAACAUGGGGAAUGGAUGGAUACAUCAUGAUGUCACGUAACAAGGACAACCAAUGCGGUAUUGCCACCCAGGCCAGCUACCCAAGAGUUUAGGCCCUUUCACAGGGAAAAGGACGCCCCGUAGAAGAUGCAUUAGAAAACAGCUACAUGUAUGUCCUUGGGUGUUUUUUUUUCUUCUUCACAUCGACUUCCACCGGAAAUUUCUCAACAGAAGCUGCCCUGAACGUGUAGUUAGGUGCUGGAUUGAAGAAUGUAGCCAAGAGACUAUUCGCCCAGUUUUAGAACAAACGCAAGAUACCAGUGUUUCCCCCUGCUAAACUGCUGCAAAAGGCCACAGAUUUUUUAGAGAUCCAGAUUAAAUGGAAUGCCUAUACGUGAUCUGGUUCGAUGCAAUUUGAUGAUUUAACAAAUCAACGUCUGAUUUUUGAUAUAUUAAAUGUUUUAA